ACAUUUGAGAAUUCUUCAAUAAUAUUGCCAACAGUGCCUGAUGAUGAUAUUUAUAAAUGUGUCUCAUAUACAGGAGCUCAUAUCGAUAUUUUACAUUGGAUUAAUCAAAAUUUCUCUGAUUAUAAAGAUUGUCAAGCAUCUGGUUUAUACACACUUAAUAGAAGAGAUAGACAUUUCAAAGUUGAUAUCGAUGUUCAACGUUCAUGGAUUAUAGAAGUUUCAGCAAUUAUAUUUAAUGGUACUAUUAGACCAAUUUGUGGUCUUAAUUCUUUUGAUUUUACUAUUCGACCAACAGAAAGUUGUGAAACAAAUGGUAAAUAUAAUUACAUAUUCAGCAGAGUAUUAAAUUUGAUUGUUUUAGAAGUUAAUGUGACAAUAACAGAAACAGAUCGAUUUGAAACGAUCUGUCUUUAUUAUGAUAUUGGCAACUUAAUCAUCAUUACUACACACAAUGUAAGAUUACAGAUUUUUCAUAAAAAACGCUUGUUUACGCAGUCUCUUUGUGUUUGAAAUGUGGAACUCAUAUAUGGUCUUUAGUAUCAUUAUAUUAAUCACAAAAUACUCAAUGUUUAAAUUCUCUCAACGACAACCGUUCUUUUCUAACGAUAAUUGAUUGUCAGCAAAUGCUGUCUUUUUUAUCUUUAUACUUUGAGCAGGAUGUUUUUCGUUUUUUGGCGGAGUUGUUAUGAUCUGUAAUGGAGGAGAAAGAAGGGAGCUGUCAAAACUCGAACUUAAAACUUACUCUUACUAUUUUCUUGAAAAAUAUAUGUGAGGUGCACAAAAGAGAAAAUACUAUGAAAGAACGUAAAGAAAAAGACAUCAGAUAAGCACAUGCACGAAAAUAUCUAAACGGACAGUUAUUUAUUGAUUCGAGAGAGGAAUAGUCAUGAAAGUGGGUAUACAAUACGGCUUGAAGCAAGAUCUGUUUAUAAAAUCACAAACAGAAUGUUCAACAUGCAAGUGUAAUGCUAUAGACAGGUAUACAAGAAUCUAUUGUUACGGAUAUGACAUAAAGUAAUUAUUAUCCAAGAAAUAUAGUUAAGUGAUUUACAAUAGACAAGACGAUUACGAUAUGUUUUAGUAUUCUACUAAAUUAUUCCUCAAGUUCUUAAAGAUUCAAUGAAACUUCUACGAUUAUCUACAGGAAAAAACAUGAUGCACCAUACAGAAAUCUAAAUAAGAGAUUCAUAGACAUAUGAUCAUUUUGUAUAUGUCAAUAUGAUUAGGUUUGAUUGUUUUUCAAAACAAUUAUAUUUCCUUUAUUACCCAUAACAAAACCAUUUGGAGAUUAAAGAGUUCAGUUUUGUCAUAGAAUUGUGAUCU